CAAAAUCCAUUGAUACUCUGUCAAGCAGCUCCAGACGCUUUUCUACAUCUUCAUCUUUACCGUUUGUAGAGAGAGAGAGAGAGAGAGAGAAAGCAUGCCGUUCACAAGCAAGACGAAGCGGCAAUCAGAUUACGGUCUCUUCCCUUCCACUCAUCCGAUCGUCAUCGACAAUGGCGCUUCCUAUUUUCGCAUUGGAUGGGCCGGAGAGACUGAACCUCGCGUUAUCUUCCGGAAUAUCGUUCAGAGACCUCGCCAUAAAACCACUGGUGAGGCUGUCACAAUUGUUGGUGAUCACGACCCAGCAUUCAUGAAGUAUUUUGAUUGCACCAGGUCGGGUCCGCGUUCAGCAUUUGAUAGCAACGUUGUUUACCAGUUUGAGAUAAUGGAAUAUAUUCUUGACUUUGGCUUUGAUCGGCUGGGAGCAGAUUCUUCACUGAUUGACCAUCCAGUGCUGAUCACCGAAUGCUUUUGUAAUCCGGUACAGUCUCGCAGCAAGAUGGCAGAGCUUCUCUUUGAAACCUAUGGGGUUCCUUCAGUCGCCUUUGGUGUAGAUGCUGCAUUCAGCUACAAAUAUAACGAACAUCUUGGGAUUUGUGAUAAAGAUGGCAUGGCAGUAUGUUCAGGAUUUACCACAAGUCAUACCAUUCCGUUUGUGAAUGGAGAACCCGUGUAUGACGCAUGCUGUCGAACUAACAUUGGCGGAUACCAUGUCACAGAUUCCUUAAAAGAACUUCUAUCUCUUAAAUACCCUCUUCAUAUGUCUAAACUUACUUGGGAGAAGUCUGAAGACCUGAAAAUGGAAAACUGUUACAUUGCACAAGAUUAUGCUUCAGAGGUUCGAUUGUUUCAGAAAGGGGGAAAAGAAGCCGAGGAGAGGACCAGGUGUUGGCAGCUUUCAUGGACUCCUUCACCAGUUGAAGAGCCACCAUCAGAGGAGGAGAUAGCCAGAAAGGCAGCUCUUAAAGAGAGACAAGGUCAAAGGCUGCGGGAAAUGGCUGAAGCAAAGAGAGUUUCUAGGGUAAACGAGCUAGAAAAUGAAUUGAAGGGUUUGGACUUUCUUCUUCAGCAACUGAAGCACGUUGAAGAAAGUGAUAUUCCAUCUUUCCUUGCACGAACUGGCUAUAUCUCUAAGAAGGAAAUACACUCUGCUUUUGUAAAAGUAAAGCAAUCGUUGCAGAAGGCGAAAGGUGAACAAGUUGAAAGUGAUGAGAAUAAAGAUUCUUCUUCUGCUGCUGAAAAGUAUUCUCUUGUAAAUGUCCCUGACAACAAUCUGACACCAGAUCAGCUUAAAGAGAAGAAACGCCAAGUAUUCCUCAAAACUACAUCUGAGGGUCGGCUGCGAGCAAAACAGAAGCGGUUAGAUGAGGAAGUAGAACGUGAUAAGCAAAACAAACAAGACGAAGAGAAACGAUUAGAGAAUCCUGAACAAUAUUUGGAAGAAGCACGCAACAAAUAUAAACAACUUUCAGAGAAAGUGGAACAGCGAAAGCGUCUGAAAACAAAUGGAGGAAACCACAAUGGGAAUCAGAAUGGGUCUGCAUCUGGAUCCGUUGGUCGUGGAGAAAGAUUAAACCCUGCUCAAAAAGAAAGGAUGCGUCUCUUAACCACGGCAGCCUUUGAUAGAGGCAAAGGCGAGGAUACUUUCGGUAUUAAAGACGAAGAUUGGCAAUUGUACAAGUUAAUGAGCAAAGACAACGACGAUGAAGAUGAAGGACCCGACCAAGAUGAAACUGAGCUUUCUCGCAUCUCUUCCAGGCUCAAGGAAAUUGACCCAACAUUCAUUCCAAAAUCAGAACAGGGUUCCUCCUCCAUGACCGAGGUUCCAAAACUCCGCCCUUUGACAAAGGAAGAUUUCCAGAUAAUAAUUGGAGUAGAGAGAUUUCGCUGCCCAGAAAUCCUCUUCCAUCCAAAUCUGAUUGGAAUUGAUCAUGCUGGAUUAGACGAGAUGGUUGGGGUAUCAAUCAGGAAGCUUCAUAAUAAAGACCAUCAUCAACCGGAGUUGGAAGAAAGGAUUACGAAUUCAAUCUUGAUGAUUGGCGGAAGCUGUCUUUUGGAGGGUAUUUGCGAGCGAAUGGAAAGCGGAGUUCGAAUGCUUAGGCCAUGUGGGGCACCCAUUAGGGUAGUACGAUCAUCGGAUCCUGUCCUUGAUGCUUGGCGUGGUGCAUCUGUUUACGCUUCUUCUCUAGGGUUUCAGCAGCAGACUUUCAGUAAGAUGGAUUUUGACGAGAAAGGUGAAGAUUGGCUUAGCAGAUACCAUGUAAAGUAUUCCUUCUCUAGUUGACUUAUGAUUUAUUUUGUUGUAAGCCCUAAAUUCAACAACUCUUUUUAUCAACAACUCUAAUCAUUGUUUUCUGAAAUGGU